GUCUGUUUCGUGCUGCUGCGUAGUUUUUAGUAGAAAAAAGCCCCACAGUACCUCCGGGGAAGCAGAGAAGAGCACAGAGCGCGUAACGGAGAACAAGAGGCAGGGCUUCCAGUGCGGAAAGGAUCGGAUAACCACCCGGUUCACAGGAGGGCCAGGUAUGUUUUCCCGUUUCCAAGGACUGCCUCGCUGAUGUCACCGCGGAGGAGGGCAGGGGCGGAGGACAGGUGCGCUCAGAGAAGUUGUCUCUCCGGUAGUCUUGGAUGAAGAGCUGUCACUGAGCGGAGCAUUACUCCCUCUGGAAACCAGUUUUUGAACUUUUCCCGUAUUUAUCAGAACUCUGUCCUGGCCUGUGUUAUCGAUACGGCUGGAAUUUUGUCUGAAGUCUGAGGUGGAACAAACACUCAGCGCUUUUUGGAGCUGACGGACUCUGGUGCGCACAAACAGCAAACAGGGGCUCGGGAGGAUCCGGAUCCUGCUCUGUAAUAUCGGGGUUUAACGACGUGGGGGAAGCUGCUAUUGUUUUUCAAGCGCACUUUGCCGUGGAGUGAGGUGUGGGAUCGAGACGCCCCGGCAUCAGAACCAGCACUUUCCGCUUCAAUGCGACACUGACGCAGCUGGUCUCGCAUCCCAGUCGCAGACAGGUGAUGCUCGAGUGAUUCAAUGGAAGGAUCAGACAUCAUCAGAGUGAGUUUGAUCUGACAAACAGACUUAUUGUCACUGGAAUGGAAUACAACACGAGAAAACUGCCUCAACUUCUCUAAUCUGCGAUGAUUUUUCCGUGCGUCACUGCGUCUUAGGCUCGGGAGCGAGCGGGUUUUUGCGUUGAAGGACAAUCGUUCUUGGACUUCCCUCCAGGUUUACAAGAGCCACCAACCAUGUCCAAGACACUGAAGAAGAAGAAGCACUGGUCCACUAAAGUGCAGGAGUGCACCUUGUCGUGGGGGGGUUCCGGGGAGUUGGUCACGGUAGCGGAGGUGCGAGGCGGCGCUGAGCUGGGAGAGUUCCCCUACCUCGGACACAUGGUUUCGGAGGCGUUGGUUUGUCACGCAGGCAGGUUUCCCAGCAGCGGGGACGUGCUGCUGGAGGUGAACGGCACCCCGGUGAGCGGACUCACCAACCGAGACACGCUGGCUGUCAUCCGCCACUUUCGGGAGCCCAUCCGCAUCAAGACUGUGAAACCAGGUAAGGUGUUGAAUACGGAUUUGCGUCACUACCUCAGCCUGCAGUUUCAGAAGGGCUCCCUGGACCAUAAGCUCCAGCAGGUGAUCAGGGACAACCUGUACCUGCGCACCAUUCCCUGCACCACUCGGCAGCCCAGAGAGGGGGAAGUUCCUGGAGUGGACUACAAUUUCAUCAGUGUGGGGGAAUUCCGUGACCUGGAAGAAAGUGGACUGCUGCUGGAGAGCGGCACCUAUGAUGGCAACUACUAUGGGACCCCUAAGCCCCCUGCAGAGCCCAGCCCCGUGCAGCCGGACUUGGUGGACCAGGUCCUGUUUGACGAGGAGUUUGACACGGAGGUCCAGCGAAAGCGCACAACCUCUGUCAGCAAGAUGGACAGGAAGGACAGUGCCGCACCGGAGGAGGAGGAGGAAGAGGAGAGGCCUCCUAUGGUCAACGGCCUGGCUGAGCACAAGGACAAGGCGGAGUGGAGGAAGACGGUGCCCAGCUACAACCAGUCAGCCGGGGCUAUGGACUUGCGUGCGUGGAACCCCCAGGAUGAAAGUCAGGAGCCCUUGCCUAAAAACUGGGAGAUGGCCUACACAGAGACUGGCAUGGUGUAUUUUAUAGAUCACAACAGCAAGACCACCACCUGGCUGGACCCCCGCCUUGCCAAGAAAGCCAAGCCUCCAGAGAAGUGCGAGGAAGGAGAGCUGCCCUACGGCUGGGAGAAGAUUGAGGACCCCCAGUUCGGCACCUACUACGUCGACCACAUCAACCAGAAGACCCAGUUUGAGAAUCCAGUGAUGGAGGCGAAGAGAAAGUUGAGCGUCGACGCGCCCGCUGCAGGACCGCCGCCGGCAGCCACGCCCUCAGCAGAGGAGCCCGGUAGGGCAGCGCGGAGCUUCACGCGAGAUCCGUCUCAGCUGCAGGGCACCAUCCUGCAGACGGCGCUCAGAAAAAGCCCCCAGGGCUUCGGGUUCACCAUCAUUGGAGGAGACAGACCCGACGAGUUCCUUCAGGUGAAAAACGUCCUUCCGGAUGGGCCGGCCGCGCAUGACAACAAGAUCGCCUCAGGUGACGUGAUCGUGGACAUCAAUGGGACAUGUGUGCUGGGGAAGACUCAUGCCGAUGUGGUGCAGAUGUUCCAGUCCAUUCCAGUCAACCAGUAUGUGGACAUGGUCUUGUGCCGGGGCUACCCCCUGCCUGAGGACCCCAGCAGCGGCGAGGAGGCCUCAGGAGGCCUCUGCACCUCCAAGGACACCUCGCCUUCCCCCUCAACCUCCACGCCACAGGACCCCCACUACACAGUUCCAGAUGGAGGAACCCUCCCCAGGCAGACUGCUGCAGUGCCACCCAUGACCAACGGAGGUCGCCACCACCACCAUCCUCAUCCUCACCAGCAUCACCACCACCUUCCUCACGUCCCCAACCAAGAGGGCCCUGACCCCACGCUGUUACAGCCGGAGCUGGUGAGCGUGCCCCUGGUGAAAGGCCCCGGAGGCUUCGGCUUCGCCAUUGCAGACUGCCCCCUGGGCCAAAAGGUGAAGAUGAUCCUGGAUGCCCAGUGGUGCCGCGGCUUGCUGAAGGGCGACGUUAUCAAGGAGAUCAACAGGCAGAACGUCCAGACGCUGAGCCACUCCCAGGUCGUGGACAUCCUCAAAGACCUGCCCGUGGGCAGCGAGGUCAACGUGCUGGUGCUCAGAGGAGGUCAGACGUCUCCUGUCAAAUCGCUAAAACCAUGCACAGCUCCCAUGUCCCAAGCCAUAUCCCAGCCUCCUCCUCAGCAGGCGCCCCUCCCCGUGCCGCAGCAGUUGCCCCAUCCGUGCUCCCAGCCCGCCACGCAGCCGCACCGGCAGGAGAUGAUCAGCAGCACAGAGACCCUCGGCCAGCCCGGCGAGGUGGCCCCCAACCCGCUGCCUUUCCCUGCCAGCACCCUGCGCUCGUCUUCGCCCAAACCGGACGCGUCUGAGCUCUACCUCAAGUCCAGGGCCAUUUUGGAAAGCAAGCCUCCUAAUACCAAGGAUCUGGAUGUGUACAUCAGAAGGAACCAGGAGUCAGGCUUUGGCUUCAGAGUCCUGGGAGGAGAGGGGCCGGAUCAGCCGGUGUACAUUGGCGCCAUCGUGCCACUGGGCGCGGCGGAGAAGGACGGGCGCCUGCGUGCAGGGGACGAGCUGCUUUGUAUAGACGGCGUGCCGGUCAAGGGCAAAUCCCACAAGCAAGUGCUGGAGCUGAUGACCAACGCCGCCCGUAACGGCCAAGUCAUGCUCACGGUCCGCAGGAAACUGGCGCUUUCAGAUGGUGACGGGGAGGACGAGAGCAGCCAGCAGGUCGCGUCCGCCCUGGUCAACAGCUCUCCCAAGGUGCCUCUUGUGGAGCUUCCCAACGCCGUCCAGCCCGUUCAGCCCGCCCGGCCAGAGUGCUUUGACGUUACCCUGCAGCGCAGAGACAACGAGGGCUUCGGCUUCGUUAUCCUGACGUCUAAGACCAAGCCCCCACCUGGAGUGAUACCUCACAAGAUUGGCCGUAUUAUUGAGGGCAGCCCCACCGACCGCAUAGGUCAGAUGAAGGUGGGAGACCGCAUCUCUGCUGUCAACGGCCUGUCCAUCAUGGAGCUGUCGCACAACGACAUCGUCCAGCUCAUCAAGGAUGCAGGCACCUCUGUCACGCUCACUGUCGUGCCUGAAGAUGACAGCGCUCCUCCAUCUGGAACAAAUUCAGCCAAGCAGAGCCCUUCGGCGCAGCACAGAGCCAUGGGCCAACAACCUCCCAGCUAUCCAGACAGGAACGGUGACAGUGAGAUCAAGAACUCUUUCCUACCAAAAGAGAUGGGAACGCUCAUCAUGUCAGGCUGUAAGCAGGGCUGUUUCGUGGUGGAGCUGGAGCGCAGCCAGCGGGGCUUCGGCUUCAGUCUGAGAGGAGGCAAAGAGUACAACAUGGGCCUGUUCAUCCUGCGCCUGGCUGAGGACGGACCCGCUCUGAAAGACGGCAGGAUACAUGUCGGAGAUCAGAUCGUGGAGAUCAACGGCGAGGCCACCCAGGGCAUCACACACACUCGAGCAAUCGAGCUGAUCCAAGCAGGAGGCAGUAAAGUUCACCUGCUGCUUCGGCCUGGCCAGGGCUUGGUCCCUGAUCACAGUUCAAAGGACAAAGUAACCAUUCCAACCUCAAGCUUUCCCAGACUUUCUGCAUCAGACGGGCAGUCAUCUCCAGCCUCUCCAUCCUCUGUCUCCCUCUCUACCUCGGAACUGUCCCCAUCUUCACCCAAAACAGCCGCCCCCGAUGUGUUCUCCCCGGGGGAUCCCAGGGCGUCUGGGUCCCCUGGUGCUGGGCAGGAGCACGGCAGGCAGGCUAACAGAUCGCGAGGACAGCAGCUCUCUCACCAAAACCAGAAGCGCGCCACCAGCCCCAGCACCCAGACCAGAAAACCAUGCAGGAGUGACUCCAAGCCUGCCAGUCCCAAGAGAGCCGCUGAAGGCUGGGCGGAUCACGUAGAGCGCUCGCCAAGCCCCAGAAAAACAGAGCGAGGCCACGGCGGGUCCCUGGAGGAUAUGAGCAAGGAGAGAAAAGCCCAAGGGCAGAGAGACCACCGCUCCUCUAGCCCCAGGAAGAGCUCCAAGAGGGAACAGGACCCUGCGGCGCCUUUGAGGAACCUGGUGGAGCCCCAGAGCCCCAGGCGCCCAGCUGGCCAACAGCCCAGCAUUGUCUAUGGAGAAGGGAAAGACAGGAGGUACAAGGAGGAGGAUGCAGCCUACUGGCAGGAGAGGGGGGCUGCAGAGACUGAAGACAAAAGCUGGGGGACUAGUGAACGCUACAAGAAGAACAAAAGGGCCGAGCAAGAGGCAGCUGGGCAAAAAUCCCAUUCCCAAACGCACAGGGAGAGGGCGGGGUCAGACGCCGACAGUGGCACCCUGAGCCGGAGGACUGGAAGAGAGAAGGGGGAUAAGGAAUACCGGGACGGCAGGUACCACGGGCCAACCGAAGAAGUGAAUAGAAAGGACCCCGGUGGUUCCAGCAGCAGCAUCCAGGACCCCAGCUGCAACGGGACCACUACUCUCAAGAAGGCUCCCAUCACCCCCGGUCCAUGGAAAGUUCCCAGCUCUGCCAAGAUCCAGGCCCAGGUGGACACAACAUAGGCGGAGAUCUGAAAUCCUGCCCGGACUCUCUGGGUUAACGGCGAGAAAGCUGAGCCUCUGAAAGAUGGACAUUCAAAACGGAAGGAUUUUUUUUCUCUCUUUCUCUCAAUCGAAGCAGAUCACUGUGUUACCAGCAACAUAGCUUCUCAUUGCUCAUUCUUUUUUUUUUGUUUGUUUGUUUUUUCACCCAGUUUGCCUCGGUCAGUUUGCAUCAAGCUGCUGACGUCUGAUCCGACAUGCGUGCUUGUACCUACAGGAGUAUUUGUAGCAUGCGAUGAUGCGUGGACAUGUGUGUACCGGCUCGGUUCUGAGUGUAGUUUUUUUUUUUUUUGGAUGCGACGCUGAAGUCUAUUUUGUGCCAAUCAGGGACUCCGGUUAUAAAGAAGCUGCUCCGUAUUGCACUCACUGUGAGGCUGUUUGAGGGUACUGAGAUGAACUGCUCUCCCUGUCGGCUCACCUCGAUGAAGGAUUUUUUUUUGAAGGUUUGAGACAUAUUCAUGCAAUCACUCGGCUUCUCCUCCCGGCGAGAUCGACUCACCGCUGCUGUCGCUGACGGAUGUGCUGAAAGACUGAGGCUUCUCCUAAAAAUCAGCAGCAAAGGGGUGACAGAGUGUCUUCUCCGUCGUUUACUGUCAUGUUUCUUUGAGAGCCCGGCCUGGGAUGUGAACUGCACGUGUGACUGUAUUCAUGCACAUGAGAAGACUCUGAAACACUCUGAUUCCAUUAGCUUACCAGACGACCCUGGAGCUUUAUAUGCAUCAAUCAGCAGACCAGACACUUGUGGUUAUAGUUCUAAUGUUUGUUACAUGUGUGUUAAUGAUAAAGCAUAAUGUAAUUUAUUGAAAUUAUAUGUAAGCAAGACAGUUAGUACGCAUAUCCAUUCUGAGUCAUUUCACUUUUGAUGUGAAGUUAACGAUGGAAAUAGAAUGUGUAGAUAAGCAUCGCCAUCUGAAGUACUAACACCAUAUAAACAGCAAUCUAUACAUUCUGUUUCUGCGUUUUCAUGGUCUGUAAACGUCACGCGAGCCUGAUUCAUAAUGUUGUCUACUGUUAGCAGCUCUGUAUUUUAGGCCCUCUGGCUGUGUGUGUGUGUGUGUGUGUGUGUGUGUGUUGGUGUGUGUGUGUGUGUGUGUGAGCGGACUGGUCGGCCUGUGUAUUUUAGAUAUCGCUGUAGCAUCGACUAUACUUAAUCCAAAACCUGUAUUAUUUAACAAAGUGAUUACUCUUAUAUUGAAGCAUAAUUUAGAUGAGUUGAAUUAACAGAGCUUGAUUGUAAGAAGUGAGACCUCUGCCUUCAACUUAUUAAAACUUUAAGAGGCGUUUGUAUUUUUAUCAUCAUAAAUGUAGGCACAAAAACACACCGUUUACCCUCAUUCUAACCUCUGAAUCUAUUUUUGAUCUUUUUUUUUUUAGCGUGUGAGAAAUUAAUAGUAUGCACAUUUUCGCUUCAUUGUUAAUCACUACCAACGUUGUGGCCGUCAUGUUCAUGUGCUCUAAAUAAAGCCAGACUCCCGAAGACAGCGGUUAAUUUUCCACACGAGGAGGGGUAGACGUGGCACACAGUGCAUAAUGUGAAAGAGGCUUCUUUGGGAGUCUUAUUUGAAAUUACAGGGAUUUAAAUCCCAGAUGAAAAUAUACAUAUAUAUUUUUUUAAUUUAUUGGGAUCAGUUGUGCCCUGCUCUGAAGACAAAAUUUGGUGUUGUUUCAGUGUUGCUACUGUGGAGUACAGAGACAUCUAGUGGUUCAUAAACUGCUAUUCACACACUAAUCAUUGAGUGAACCCUCAUCAGCCUGUUCAAGGAUGUACAGAAGUAACACCUGCAUCUACUGGUCUGUGAGACCACUUACUAAUUUAUUGUCCACUUUACUGUUGAUAUGAUGGGCUACUGUAUUAUUUACUCCUCAUGCCAUUACCAUGUAUGAUACUGUGGCCUUGCAUUGCUCCAACAUAUGAAAGAAGUCUUUAGGUUUUGACAUCAUGGUAGUUGUAAAUGUUUAUAAAUUGUACAGCACCUGUAUAAAUAUUUGCCUUCAUGCAUAAAAAAAAAAUCCUCUGUAAAUCGUUUCAUUAUUUUUUUAAGGGAAGUGAGAGGAAAUGAUAUAAAAUGGGUGAAAAGAAAUAAUCUGGUCAUGGCAUUCUGUUCAUGCACUGAUAAAUAAAGGUUUACUGAAUAAACA